AAGCUCGCGCCGCUCUUUCCAUUGUUUGUUCUGUUACUUCAUCAGAGCUUUGCGAAAAUGGUUCAACGGCUUGUGUACCGGUCACGCCACUCUUACGCCACCAAAUCCAACCAACACCGCAUCGUCAAAACUCCUGGUGGGAAGUUGACUUACCAGACGACGAAGAAGAGAGCUAGUGGACCUAAGUGCCCUGUCACUGGCAAGAGAAUCCAAGGGAUACCGCAUCUGAGACCUGCUGAGUACAAGAGGUCGAGGUUGUCGAGGAACAGGAGGACAGUGAACCGUGCAUACGGUGGUGUUCUCUCUGGACUAGCUGUUAAAGACAGGAUCGUUAGGGCAUUCUUGGUGGAAGAGCAGAAGAUUGUGAAGAAGGUUUUGAAGCUUCAGAAGGCUAAGGAGAAGACUGCACCAAAGAGUUAGAUGACUUCUUUUUUGGAGAGUUUUGCAGUAACAUUACAAGAAGUGAUGUGGGAGAGAGGGUUAUGUCUUGUAAGAGAGAUCGAUAGACUUGAGUUUGAUUCACCAGAUUUUUGUUUUUGUUUUAAUGAAUUUUGACUUCGGUUUACCAUUAUAAUUCGUCUUGCCGAUA